AUGCUGACAGUAGAGUUCGCUCACAGUGGACUAUUCGUGACGCUGUUGCUUGCCUUGCUGUUCGUAGUCACCUGCCUUCUGCUGAGCGCGCGCACUUUGGUCGUCAUCCGUCUCCUUGACUCCCUUUGCUCAGUCAGGGACCACUUUCUCUCCCUUUGCCCCACCGAGCUCUCCGUUGACCUGCUGGAGGAGCACCUCACUGCAGCUGAGAAGAGUAUAGUUGCUAUUAGGAGGUCGGGCCUGCGUCUGCUCCUAGUGGGAGGCGCUGCUAUGGCAAGGGCAAGGAGGGCAAGGGUGGUAGAGGAGACGGCGGGGGCGGCGGUGGUGGCGGUGGAGGAGGCGGAGGGGGUGGGGGUGGAGGCAAGGGUGGUGGCGGGAGUGGGGGCGUCGGCGGUGGCAGUGGAGGUGGUGGAGGCAGCGGCAGCGGUGGUGGAGGCAGUGGCAACGGAGCUGGAGGUGGCGGCGGUGGUGGUGCUGGUCGGGGUGGAGCUGCGCAGCAUGGAGGCUUUGGCGGUAGCCAGCGCCAGCAGCAGCCGCGUUCCCAAGAGACCCCGUCGCCCCAGCAGCUUCGUGAGUGGUACGCUGGGCGUGGGAGGUCUGGGGGUGCUGGUCCCUGCACUUACGUUCUCUGCAUCGGCGAACGCCGUGGGUGCAGAGGACCACACACGUCGCAGCCUGUCUGACGCCUGGCGCGCGCUGUUUCCUGACGACCCUGAGCUCCCUAGCUGGGCUGAUGUGCUUGGGCAGAAUGUUGAUAUCUUUGCUCUAGAUGUUGAUGCUAUCCUUGCUGCCAAGUAG